GUAUAUACAUUUUUACCAUACAUUGAAAAUGACAUUUAAAAAAAAAAGGAAAAAGUAAAUUAUAUUUGCGAUAUUGUAAAAGUACUUUACACAAGAUAUUAACGCAAGUAUUGAUUAAAUUUUGAGAUAAAUAAUUGAUAACAAAAGAGGGCGCUGGAUGGCGCAUUAGAACGAACAUGGUUUUUACGCAUCAUGUCACGUUAUAUUUUUACACACUAUUUCGUGUAAAUGAAAAAAAAGUAUAAUUUGUUUUUCGUUUCUUGAAAUUAUAUUUCGAUAUAAUAUCAUUUUUAAUUAUUUCUUUUUAUAUAGUGAUAUAAACACAAAAGUAUAUGGUAUGUGAAAGUGAAUGAUAUAUUUUUAACUUGGACCCACUAAAUAGGCUAUGUUGCAAGUUUAAGUAGUAAUCUGAAUAUAAUUUGGAAAAAGAGAAGGAUAAUUAAAUAUUAGCUGAAAAUAUUUAUAUCCAUAAAAAGAAAUGGAUGAAUUACCACUUACCGAAAAUCAGUUAUUACAGAAACAUAAACGAGAACGGAGAGAAUUACAAGCUCAGAUACAGGUAUUGAAGAAAUCAAUCUGUAAAGGUGAUAAAAAGAAGAAAAAAGAAGUUACAGAUGAAAUUGCACGUAAAGAAGAAAAUUUAGAAAGGAAGCAAGAUGAAGAAUUAGCAAGGUGGAAAAUAUCCCAAGUUGCACUGAAUGAUACAGAUGCAGAGAAUUUAGAAGAAACAUGUGAUAUAAAUGAUAUAGAAUCGAAAGAAUCUGAAAGAAUACGACAGAGAACUUCUAAAGCUCAACGAAGAAGGUAUAAAAAAGAAAAUGCAGAAAGAGAACGUAAUCAAAGAAUUAUAGAGCAGGAAGCAUUUGAUAUAUAUGGUAAAAGAAAUGUUGAGAUGCAAUCUAUACAAAAAAUUCUUUACGAACGUGAUUUAACGUUAUAUGAAAUUCCAAGUGAUGGUCAUUGUUUAUACAAUGCAGUUGCACAUCAACUUAAAAUACUUGGAGAUAUUCCAUUUAGCCUAUGUGAUCUAAGAAUGAAAACUGCCAUAUAUUUAAAACAAAAUAGAAAUGAUUUCUUACCAUUUAUUUCAAAUCCAGAUUCUGAUCAGUUAUUGUCACCUGAGCAGUAUGAAAAAUAUUGUAAUGACAUAGUUGAAACUUGUGCUUGGGGUGGUGCAAUUGAGUUGCAAGUACUGUCGCGUAUUUUGGAACGUCAAAUUGAGGUCAUCCAAGCAACAGGUACCCCCUAUAUCGUUGGAGAUGAAUUCAGUAAGAAAAAAAGAAUAAUAUUAACUUACCAUCGUUACAUGUAUGAAUUAGGUGCUCAUUAUAAUUCUGUUACAAAAUUUGUAAAAGAAGAUGAAAGCUGAUCAUACAUUCUAUUAUACUUAAACAACAUUUAUCUUAAUACGACCAUGAAUGUAUUAUAUAACGUGAUAAAUAAUUCUGAUUUAAUUUUACAUACAUUAGAUUUAUUAAAUAUAUUAAGAUUGAUAAGUACGUUAAAAUAACUAAUAGUAUCCAAUACUUAAUUUUCUCAAAUCAUGCAAAUAUUAUGACUAUAUUAAUGUUUUAUAGAUUUAAUAUGGUAAUAAAAUACAAUAGUCAAAUCCA